AUGAAAAAGUCGAAAAUUAUUGAGGAUUACAUUACUGAAACUUUUGAAGGUUUUGAAGGUUUGAAACGUACUACAAAAAAAACCACCUCAAUAUUAAAGAGAUUUUCCACACCUGUCAUACCUUUACAAGAGCUUCAUAUUGAGCAUUUUUCGAGAUGGAUUGAUUAUCUUCAAAUGAUAUGGAACAUGAUGGUAGUUACUGGUCAUCAUGUGGAUAGCAUAGCAAUGAAUAUUUCUUUUGGAUGGUAUGAAGGGAUAUUUAAGUAUUUUAGUUAUAAAAAAGUAAAAGUUGUUUCUAGUAUGGGUGAACAAUCGUGCGGAAAAUCCUUCAUGUUAAAUCAUCUAAUUGGAACUACCUUCAACGGCUCCGCAAUGUUUACACCAAGGACUAUAUUUAUGUUAAAGCUUCUCGAAAAAAGUUCUCAAGAAGAUAUGUUUUUUAACACUUUCAAUACGAAUAAAUUUACCGUAAAUAAGGAUAUGUCUUCAAUCUUUCAAAGAUUUCACGAUGGCGCAAUGUUAUUUGAUUCAGAUACAAAAAUAUUUAAGGCUUUGUAUCAUCAUAAAGACGUGCUUAAGGCCGAAAAAGAAAACAUUGUUAUGGAAUUUCAGUCAAAAUUUCUCAAUUGGUUUCUGAGGAUUUACAAAGGUGGACUGGAUAUCAAUCCUUGGCCAAUGUUUAAUGAUGCUGGAUGGUUUAAAACCUUAUCUAAUGUUAAUAAAGAUUUAGAGAAACAGAAAGCAAAAUAUGAAAAUGCGCGAUCCUACUUACAAAAUACAAAGUUGAUCAUGGCUAAAUAG